AGAGGCAUAAACCCUUCGCUUGGAGCCGUUUCUCUCAUUCUUCGAUUUCACUUCGUUUCUCUUUCUGUAUCGCGAUGAAUCGGAACAGCCUAUACGAAGCUGAUGACGAUGAUGACGAUGACGAAGAAGAUGACAUCGGUGAAGACCUCGAAGAUUUAAGACGCGCAUGUAUGGUCUCUGACGUUAAUUCCGAUAAUUUCGCGGCAAAAACCGGUUUAAUUGAACCGGAUGGAGGCGGUGGCGGAGAGAUGCCGUCGGAUUCAGAAAACGAAGAUGACUUUGAGAUGCUUCGUACCAUUAAGAGCCAAUUAGCAUCGGAUUUGAGCAGUGGUCCUCCCAUUGGUUUAUCUUUGCUCUCGGAUUCGGAGAGUGAAGAUGAUUUCGAGAUGAUUCGGAGCAUUAAGAGCCAAUUGGCAUUGUCCAUGGAUGUGUCUCUUCCUUCCAUUGGUUUAUCUGACGAUGACGAAGAUGAUGCCUUUGAAACCCUUCGAGCUAUUCGUAGGCGAUUCUCUGCUUAUAAGAAUUUCGAUUCGGAAGGAAAUUUCAUGAAUGAUUCUCCCGGGAAGAAAAAGCAGGUACAUGACUUGGAUAAUGAACCUUCAAGCGAAAUAUUGAGUAGAUCUAAUACUUGUGAAAGCUUUCCAGAUCACGGGAAAUCAGUUGUCACAGUGCCAAAUUCAGAGGAUGUACAUGAAAAGACUUCCAUUGAACCUCCUGACCACCUGGAGACAUGCCAGGUAUCAGCUGCGAGUUCAAGUUUCCCUAAAGCUGCACUAGCCUUUGUUGAUGCAAUCAGGAGGAACAGGGCGUAUCAGAAAUUUCUUAGAAGAAAAUUGGUAGAAAUUGAAGCAACGAUCGAGCAGAACGAGAAACACAAGAAAAAUGUUAAAAUAGUUAAAGAUUUUCAAGCUUCUUGCAAGAGAAUUACUAAACUGGCACUCUCUCAGAAGAAAGAUCCUCGUGUCGAAUUAAUCUCAACACGAAAAUCUGGGCCUUGUGAUAGCUCCGAGGGUAAUGAUAAAAAGAUAUCUCCUUUGAUGUUGGGUCCAGCGGAAAACCCUUGUGUUGCAAAUUAUAGGAUGGUACUAGAGAAAUAUCCAAUUUCAGUGGAACGUAGAAAAUGGUCUACUGAGGAGAACAAAAACCUUGCAAAAGGUCUAAAACAAGAAGUUCAAAAAAUACUGCUUUUUGAAGCUAUUGAACAGUCCAGUGACUUGGAAGGAUCUACAUAUGAUAUAGACACCAUCAAUGAAUCGAUCGGAAAUCUUGAGAUCACACCAGAAAUGAUUAGGCAGUUUCUUCCGAAAAUUAACUGGGAUUCGUUGGAUAUCAAGGACCGUUCUGCUGCAGAAUGUGAAGCUCGGUGGAUGAGCUCGGAAGAUCCAUUGAUUAACCACGGUCCUUGGACUGCAGCAGAGGACAAAAACCUACUCCGAAUUAUCGAAAAAAAGAGUCUUACAGACUGGGUUGAUAUUGCGGUGUCACUAGGGACAAAUAGGACCCCAUUUCAAUGUUUGGCUCGAUAUCAGAGAAGCUUGAAUCCAUGCAUAUUGAAAAAAGAAUGGACUGCAGAGGAAGAUGACCAACUUCGUGCUGCAGUAGAGUUAUUUGGCGAUAAAGACUGGCAAUCUGUUGCAAAUGUAUUAAAAGGAAGAACUGGACCUCAGUGCUCGAAUAGAUGGAAAAAGUCGCUUCGCCCGACCAGAAAAGGGACAUGGAGCUUAGAGGAAGACAAGCGUGUGAAAGUAGCUGUGACACUCUUUGGAUCUCAAAACUGGCAUAAGAUUUCUCAGUUUGUUCCUGGACGGACCCAGACUCAGUGUCGGGAGAGAUGGUUAAAUUGUUUAGAUCCCAAAGUAAAUCGUGGGAAGUGGACUGAAGAAGAGGAUGGAAAGUUGAGAGAAGCAAUUGCAGAACAUGGAUAUAGCUGGUCUAAGGUUGCUUCUAAACUGUCUUGUCGUACUGACAGUCAGUGCUUGAGGAGAUGGAAGAGAUUAUAUCCUCAUCAAGUGGCUCUUUUACAAGAAGCUAGAAGGUUACAAAAAGAAGGUAGUGUAGGUAAUUUUGUUGACCGGGAAUCAGAGCGUCCUUCUCUUGUCACAGGCGCUAUUUUGGCACUGCCGGAGAUAUCUCUAGAGCCAGAACCCGAUAGUGUAACUGUGAAGAAGAAACGCAAGGCCAAAGAGAAGAAGUCAGAUGCAGAGAGACAACCAAAGAGACAAAGAAAAGCAUUAAAGAAAUGCUCAGGAGAUGUAUGUAGACAAGAGAAUGAGACUGUUUGUGAAAAUGAACCAAACAAUGGAGGAGAGGAGAGGUUGUUGGAAUUGGAAUGUCAUAACGAGAUCCUAGGCAAUGCAAAGGAGAAACAAAGACGAAAACGCAAAAGUGUUGCAGAAACAUCGAACAACAACACUGGUUUAAAAAAACUUACGCCUAGGAGAAAGAAAGUGUCUGCAGUAGUUCCUAUCAAGAACCAAGAUGCACCAAAUUAGUUGUUUCUUUUGCUCUUGAAAAUUUUGAAAUUAAUUGUAUGUAUAGAU